AACCAGCACACGCGUUUCCCAAUUCCCACCAAAAGCACCUCCUCUGUUUCGCUGAUUGCCUGCGCUGCGACCCCGCCGCUCCGGCCGUCUCCAUGGCCUCCUCCUCCUCCACCGCCGCCGCCGCCACAGCCACCGCCAUGUCUAGGACCGCCUCCGGAGGGAGCGCGCUUCCGGGCCCUCCGCCGCCAACGCCGUCGAACCACCACGCGGGGCCGUCCUCCGCGGCCGCUGGGGGCACGGACGCCGCGCUCUCUGCUUUCCUGCACCGCCUGCUCCUCUCCUCCCCGGCUCCGCAGCUCCGGUCGCCGCUCGCCGCUCGGUCGCGGGCGUCGCCCUCGCUCCCGCCUCUCGUCUCGCUCGAGGCCCCCGACCACCGCGCCUUCCGCGACGCCGCCGACGUGGGCUACUUCCACCUCACCGGCCACGGCCUCCCUUCCGAGCUACCGUCCUCCGCGCUCGCCCAGCUCUCCCAAAUCGACGCGUCCUCGCGACGGGAGUCGAAUCUUCGCGCGCUCGGAUUCUCCGAGGAGGAGGAAGAGGAGGAGCAGGACCCGGACGGCGCCGCCGAUGACCACGCCGUGGUGUUCGACGCCUGCGAGGGGGACAUGGACGCGCUCCCGGCUGCGGCGGAGUACGCGCGGCGGAUGAGGGACGUGGGCAUGCGGGUGGUGGCGCUGCUGUCCGGGUACCCUGACGCGGGAUUCCGGGAGGAGCCGUUCGCGGAGGGGAGGAGGAAGGCGAGGUGCCUCGUGUGGGCUUCCAAGGUUUCCACCGGCGAUACUGCUCCUCCGGCCGCAGGGAAGGCGAAGGCGUACCCGUACGUCGUGGGCCUUCACUGCCAAUGGGAGGCGUCCGGGAAGGAAGCGGCACCGGCGAGCUGGGUGAUGAACGACGGCGGCGAGUGGGUGGCAGUUGGCGCCCGCGACGGCGCGCUCCUUGUCACCAUCGGCGACAUUGCUCAGGCAGCAGUAGCACUCAUCUUUUGUUGCCAUGAUUCCUUUUGGCUCGCGUGCCAGGUGUGGAGCAAUGGCAAGUUGAAGAAAGUGAGAGGGAUGGCUCGCCCCACCUCCGCACCCAUGGACACGCAGCAUGACGAGACUGACCGCUUGUCGCUGACGGUCCUCAUCACUCUGUCUCUGGACAACAUCAUCUCGCCCUUGGUCCCGCUCUCCAAUGCCGCCGGAGAAGGCGAAGACGACCGCGACGACGAGGCAUAUGGUGCCGGAGCCGACGGAGAUGGAUGGAGGUUUCACUCUUUCCUGCUGGAGGACUAUGCGUGGAGGGUGUAUCACCAGCGGCUUCAGUUCAAGGAUCCAUUGGUCCGGUACCGGAUAUGAAAUUGCCAGGGUGAUCUGUAGCUUUGUUUUUUUCGUUGGUGUGCCAUGUACACUCAUGUGUGACUUUGUGUUGUGAUCUACUGUUUGGCUUUGGAGUGGUUUGAGCACGAGUACACGACAUGAGCAAGGAAUUGCCUGACUUGAUGAUUUUAACUGAGAAACUCAUCGUCGCAUUACUUUC